AUGCCUUCAAGGAUUGACCCACCUAGCGCUAGUUUCACGGUGAAGCCUCUCCCCUUGGAAGAAGGCAAGAAGGCCAACUUUGGAGUAAUUGUCGAAGGAUUAGACCUGAAUAACAUCAGCGAUGCCGAUGUGAAUGAGCUGAAGAAGACCAUUUGGGACAAGAAAGUCAUCAUUGUGAAAGGACAAAAGGACCUCCUACCGAUUAAACAGUGGGAGCUUGUUACUCGCUUUGACCCCGAUGCACCUCAGGUCCACUCUCAUGGAACAGUCAAGUCAUUUAACAAACACGGAGGAAUCUUGUCGUCCAGUCGAGAUGUCCUCGCGAUCCCGGGUGCUGAUAAUGUGCGUCUUAUCGGCAAGGGAUACCAAGGGGCCGAUCACUAUGGCAUCAAGGAUAAAACUGUCUCCAAACCUUUGAGCCACGACUGGCAUGCCACACAACUCCCCCAAGAAGACUUUGAAAGUGGCUACACCAGGUUUCAACGAUGGCACAUCGACGCACCGUUGUACGAGCGCGAUCCCGCAUGGUUCACUACAUUACGAUGUAUCAAACGACCUACAUUCCCGAAUGUUACUGUCCGCUGGGAUGACGGAUCGGGCCACACCAUGGAAAUGGAACCAGGGUUAACGGCAUUCUUCAGCAAUGUGCAGACCUAUGACCUCAUGACUCCGGAAGAAAAGACUAUUGCAGAUCACAGUUGGGUUGAGUAUGCACCACACCCGUACCAAUGGAUGGGAGACUGCCGUAGCAACCCCAACGGCUUAGGUAUUGUUUCCCAAGGUCGCGAAAAGUCUCUCGAGGAGCUUGGCGACUGGAAUCCGGCCUUUGUGAAGCGAUAUCCCAUGGCAUGGGUCAACCCAGUCACAGGGGAAAAGGCAUUCAUGGUGCAUGGUAUCUGCGCUCGUAGGCUCUUUUUGCGAUCGUCACCGGACGAGGAGCCCAAGGUUAUUGACGACGUUGUCGAAAUCCGAAAGUGGCUCAAGCCGAUUCACGAGCGUAUUCUUCGUCCUGAAUACAUCAUUGUCCCGAAAGUGGAAGAGGGAGAUGUUGUCAUGUGGGCUAAUUGGCAGUGUUUUCAUACCGCGAUUGACUACCCUGAUUCUUAUGGCCCACGGACAAUGCACCAGGCCAACAUUGGAGCCUCCACGGCACCUGUUGGCCCUACUCCAGUGCCAGCAUUUCUUUAG